AUCGCAUUCUUGGUCACAUUUGCAAUGGACAUUUAACAAGACCCACACGUAUUCAUCUCGAAUCAAAAACAAUAUUAAAAUGUUAAAAUCAAGAAUAGAAUAUUUUUUGCAACAACUAGUAAUUAUUUAUGUUACUGUGUACAUUUUGAACUUAGUAUCAGCGAAAAGAAACUUCAAUCGGAUUGAAAACUAUGUCAAUGCAAGUCAAACCCUUAAUUUGGUUCAUCUAACAUCAGAGAAUUUAUUCACUGAACUAGACCAGAUCGAUCCGGAUUUCGAUCCGGACUCGUGUGAUCCGAUCUCAUCGACGAUGCCAGACUUUUUUAAACCUGGCCGAAGAAUAAGCGAGACAAAAUGCCUUGAAUACUUGUGGCGGAUGAGGUUUUACGAUCAUUCACUUGUGAGAGUUAUUAAAUGUGGCGCCACAUUUGAUCCCAGUUUGACCGUUAUAUUCGGAGGGCAAGAUGCAUCACCCGGACAAUUUCCUCAUAUGGGGGCGAUAGGAUGGAAAUCAGAAAACGCCACUUGGGUCUUCAAAUGUGGCGGUACACUGGUGACAGAAAAGUUCAUGCUUUCUGCAGCACAUUGUUCCCGAACGAAGAGAGGUGAUUCCAAAAUCAUAGAUCCAGUGCCUAAAAUAGUACGAGUGGGUGAAAUAAAUAUUGGGUUUAAAAGUCUAGAUGAACAACCACCUCAAGAUACAGCUAUCAAGAGAUUUAUUGUGCAUCCAUAUUAUCGAGCUCCUAGAAAAUACUAUGAUAUUGCUGUAAUAGAACUAGAGACACCCAUAACGUUUACUUUGAAAAGCCAUCCCGCGUGUAUUUGGGCGAAUCCUUAUCAAGAAGUAUUUGGAAAGGCAGCACUUACUGGAUGGGGUAUUACCGAAGCAGGUAGCGAACAAUCGCAUCCCAUUUUACAAUUUGCGGAGGUGGACGUGGUACCGGUGCGGGAAUGUGACAAACUGCUGCACUCCAGCCGCAAUCGCAACUGGCGUGGUCUGGUCUAUCACCAGAUGUGCGCCGGACACUUAGCUGGUGGAAUUGAUUCCUGUCAGGGUGAUUCUGGAGGUCCCUUGCAAAUGCAAAUCAAAAUGCCAGGUUUUACAGAUUGGAACAUGCAUUAUGUACUUGGAGUUACGUCUUUCGGUUAUGGAUGUGGACGUCCUAACACUCCGAGUGUCUACACCAGAGUUUCCAGUUUUCUGGAUUGGAUCGAAAGUAUCGUAUGGGAAGAGGAUUAUUUGAGAGUGAAUAAAAAAAAUUAAUUUUACGAGUUUUUAGAAGACAUCUUACUUCUGCCAGAUACCAAAGAGUUGUAUUCGCCAUGAAUUCUUGGGAGACAGAAGUUGACAAGAAGUAAUUGCAAUGUUCUUUCUCUAUCGCUCAAGAUAACGUAUGUGUAUGUUAUUAUCAUUCGUAUGAUAAAAGUACAAUAUUACACUCAAGAGCAUUAAAUUCGGGUCACUUAAAAAACUUACUGGAAUAAACAAUGUUUAAUAGACAUAUACCCCUUUAAAUUAAAAAAUAAUAAUUUUUAUAAGCCAGUACAGUUUAUUGAUUUAAAAUGACAUAAAAAAACAACUCAUCUUGCCUUAAUACGAAAAUCAAAAAAUGCUAUUUUUGUACAAUAAUGUAAUUUUUUUGAAAUUUAAUAUGUUUGUGUUGCCUUCUUGUACUUUCACAGUAAUGAAGUACGUUGUAGCGUUUAACCAGUUUAGUAUUCUGUACACCAAGUUUGUUAUACGAUUUUCAUUUUUAAUCUCCUAUUCCUCUGAGAGUGUAGAAGUAUUAGGAUCUUAAUUUAAGGAGUAUUGAACUUCGUUUAUUUCAUUCUUAGUUUACCAGUUUUUUUUUUAUUUAAGUGACCCGGAUUCAAUGCUCUUGAGUGUAUUAGAGAAAAUUUAGAUACAAAAGAUUAUAAAUAUAGCUUUAUAAAGAUACUUCAAGUGUAUUAGCCGUGUGUAGGAAGUCUGCGAAGUAUCCGAAGUUAACGUGUGACGUCAUGCGCCUAUCGGCAAAGUUUCUAUACAUUAGUUAACAUGAUUUACAAGAUAAUAGUGUAACUUUGUAACAAAACAUGAUUUUGUAAUAAAUGUAAUUACUAAAAUAUA